AGGAGAGAAGAAAAAGAGAAAAGAGGGGGAGGGAAAGAGCAGAGGAGUGGUGGUGUGAAGAGGGUGGAAAGAAGGAGGUGAUUGUUGGGGAGUUUGGAAAACUUUAUAAAAGAAAGAGGGCUGGAGUGAGAGAAUGAGAGAAGACGAGAGAGGAACACAGACAAAGCGGAAUAUAUAUCCAGCACAGACAUUUACGCAAAGACUGGACGCCACCAACCAACAAUUCAGAAAUAAUGAAGCCUCUUGCCCACUCUGGACAGCUGUUUGUCUUCCUGGUUCUUCUCAGCCUGGGAUUCCCUGAAGCAUCCUCGAGCGAAUCCUCCAACAACUUACUGAACCCUUCAGAGGACUACGAGGACCUGUACAACACCCCCACCAUCGCCUCCACCGCUCGCCCUGGGCCCUCUCACCUCCCGAAGCCCUGCUAUCAGAACCUCUGCCAGGACCUGCCCGCUCCCUGUGCCAAGCUGGCAGCCGAAUCGGGCUGCAGCUGCCCCGGGGUCUCCAUGGGGCCCCGUGCCCUUCCUGAGGCGCCCAGCGUGAAGAUCCUCUGGCGGGCCGGGGACGAGCCAGAGGUGCGGUGGUGCGCGGCGCAUGCCGACGAGACCAGAUACAGGGUCCUGGUGGGGGGCAAGCAGGUGAAUGAGUUCAAGGACCUGAAGAGGUCGAUGGUGAUGACGGGCCUGAGCGCCGGGGAAGAGGUGUGUGUGCAGGCCGUCAACGAUGUCGGGGAGAGCGCGCUGAAGUGUGAGGUCUACAAGCCGCCCAAGGAAGGCUCCAGUCUGGCCCUGAAGGUGGGGCUGAUCAUAGGGGCGCUGGGCCUCCUGCUGCUCGUGUCGCUCGCCAUCCUGCUCUGGAGACACCGCAGCCGACGGAAAGAUGGAGCCCGCGUGAGCACUGAGGGCUCUCUCUGAGAGCGGAGUGUGUGUGUGUGUGUGUGUGUUAAAGACAGCAAGAGAGGAAGCUACAAAAACAAUGGCAUUAUCAGAGGUGUAGAUUCUGAUCGCUAAUAUGAUUUAUAAUGUACAAACAUCUUCCCUCUGACAAGAGACUUAUCAAGCUCGACUGAACAGAAAAAAUGCAAGAGAAAACACAACAGAGGAAAAAAGUGAGAAGAAUGAGUUAUGAACGGCGAACUACAAUCCACACAAAACCAAAUGACAUUCACCAUUUGCAUAACUUUCAGAUAAUGAAUUGUUUAUAAUGGCCUGUGGACAAACUGUUUUUAUUACAAGAGUGCAUUUAUUUCAAGAGCUGUAUGUUUACAUGUGGCGAGAUGAAUGAGUGCGCAUAUUCAAGGACUUUUUAACUCCUUAAUUAUGCAUACUCAAGGUGGAGCCGCUGUGUGUUUCUGUUUACUUUUACUAUAACAUAUUGAUUAGUGGAUUUCAUUGUGGCGAAAAAGACAGAUUUAAAGGAAAAGGAAUUUGAUAGAUUACACAGAUGGAGUACCAGAUAAAUGGGUGGAGUAAAUGGCUGGAAAAUCGUACAAUCAUGACCCCCGUCACUAAAGGUGAUUAUUAACGGAGACACUAAUUCAUACGAGUCAUAAGCCUCACAGUCUAGGAAUGUGAUUGGGCAAUCAAAGUACUGGCUGAACUCAGCUUAUAACCCUGCCUGAAUGUGUGUACGAUACCUCCAUGUUUAACGCCACACCAAAAGGGUGAUGGCCACAGGAAACGUGUGCACAUGCAGUUGAGGGAAACGCCUGUGGCACUGAGAGAUUGACAGUCCCAUCUGGUGUUUUUGGACUGAGGUGGGGCAGUCGGGUUGAACACAGCGGAUAUUAUCUGCACUGGAGUCAGGCACUCAUGUCCGUUUGUUGAUAUCACACUAACCUCAGACAGCUGCAGUUUAGUCGUGGAGAGGGAAUAUGCUUUAAGGCUGAUUUAACAUCGAAGAUUCACUGCAGGCUUUUUAAAAGAAUGAUAUGAGUGCUGUUUUUAGUUAUUUGUUUUCUAAAUUCAUGUUUUAUAUUAUGAAAAUGAUAAUUCAAUGUUUAAUAAUAAAAAAUAAUUUUUGUAUGGUAA